CUUCCCGAAGUAAAGAUGUCCGCCGAGCGUAGGUGGUUUUGGGUAACUGGAAGUUAGCGUCAAAGGGAGUAACAAGAUUCGCAGCCUGACUCUAGAUGACGCUUCUUUGGGUGAGUGGGUAGGGGGCGGGACUUCUCCAGCAGCAAAUAGCGGAGCUUUAUUGGCUGUCUCCCAACGGGACCCAAUCAGAAAGGAGGAAAAGGCUAAGAACUAUUGGCUGCUGGCAUGGGCCAAUCGGAAGAGCCGUGAUUUGGCGGGAGUCUUGACCACCUCCAGGGCUAUCGGUGUCUCAGCGCCAGCUCUGGGUAUUCGGUCGCAGUGGCUAUGUUCGUGUCCGAUUUCCGCAAGGAGUUCUACGAGCUGGUCCACAACCAGAGGGUCCUUCUCUUUGUGGCCUCGGAUGUGGAUGCCUUGUGUGCUUGCAAGAUCCUUCAGGCCCUGUUUCAGUGUGACCACGUGCAGUAUACCCUGGUUCCAGUUUCUGGGUGGCAAGAACUUGAAACUGCAUUUCUUGAACAUAAAGAGCAGUUCCGCUAUUUCAUCCUCAUAAACUGUGGAGCCAACGUAGACCUAUUGGAUAUCCUUCAGCCUGAUGAAGACAGUGUAUUUUUUGUGUGUGAUACCCACAGGCCAGUCAACGUUGUGAAUGUGUACAAUGACACUCAGAUCAAAUUGCUCAUUAAACAAGAGGAUGACCUUGAAGUUCCUGCCUAUGAUGACAUCUUUAGGGAUGAAGCAGAGGAUGAAGAUCUUUCAGGAAGUGAGAGUGAUGAUGCGUCAGAGCCUUCUGAGAAGCGGGCGCGGUUAGAAGAGGAGAUUGCGGCACGAACCACAAAGAGGAGGCAGCGAAGAGAGUGGGAGACCCGGAGGAGAGACAUCCUCUUUGAUUACGAGCAGUAUGAAUAUUAUGGGACAUCGUCAGCCAUGGUGAUGUUUGACCUGGCGUGGAUGAUGUCCAAGGACCUGAAUGACAUGCUGUGGUGGGCCAUUGUUGGACUGACGGACCAGUGGGUGCAUGACAAGAUCACUCAAAUGAAGUAUGUGACUGAUGUUGGCAUCCUGCAGCGUCAUGUGUCCCGGCAUAACCACCGAAAUGAGGCGGAAGAGAACAUGCUCUCUGUAGACUGCACCCGGAUCUCUUUUGAGUAUGACCUCCGCCUGGCACUGUACCAGCACUGGUCCCUCCAUGAAAGCCUGUACAACACCAGCUACACCGCAGCCAGGUUCAAGCUCUGGUCCGUACACGGGCAGAAGCGACUCCAGGAAUUCCUUGCAGACAUGGGGCUUCCCCUGAAGCAAGUGAAACAGAAGUUUCAGUCCAUGGACGUCUCCUUGAAGGAGAAUUUGCGGGAAAUGAUCGAAGAAUCUGCAAAUAAAUUUGGGAUGAAGGACAUGCGUGUGCAGACUUUCAGCAUUCAUUUUGGGUUCAAGCAUAAAUUCCUGGCCAGCGAUGUGGUCUUUGCCACCAUGUCUCUGAUGGAGAGUCCCGAGAAGGAUGGCUCGGGGACAGACCACUUCAUCCAGGCUCUUGAUAGCCUCUCCAGGAGUAACCUGGACAAGCUGUACCUCGGUCUGGAGCUCGCCAAGAAGCACCUCCAAGCCACCCAGCAGACCAUCGCCAGCUGCCUCUGCACCAACCUCGUCACCUCCCAGGGCCCUUUUCUCUACUGCUCCCUCAUGGAGGGCACUCCAGAUGUUACACUGUUCUCCAAGCCAGCAUCCUUGAGUCUGCUCAGCAGACAUCUGCUCAAGUCCUUUGUGUAUUCGACAAAGAAUCGACGCUGCAAGCUGCUGCCCCUGGUGAUGGCUGCCCCCCUGAGCAUAGAGCAGGGCACGGUGACCGUGGUGGGCAUCCCCCCAGAGACUGACAGCUCAGACAGAAAGAACUUUUUUGGUCGAGCAUUUGAGAAGGCAGCAGAAAGCACCAGCUCUCGGACUCUGCACAACCACUUUGACCUCUCAGUAAUUGAGCUGAAAGCUGAGGACCGGAGCAAGUUCCUGGAUGCUCUCGUGUCUCUGCUGUCCUGAGGAAUUUGAUUUCUCCGGAAGUGACCUCCUUUUCCUUAUUUAUAUCACCUGGCAUCUAUUAGAUUGCAAGAUACAUUUGAAGUGUGGGACUAUGUGAUUUUUAAUAAAAUAAAAUGUUUG